AUGCCGAUGGUGAAGAGGCAGCUGACGGAGCGCUACGAGCCAGGGAAUGAGGCACAAGAUGCUGAUGAUGGAUUUGUACCGCCCUUUGUGAAUAUUGUUCCUCCUGAUUCUGAUGAGGACAAGAACAGCAGCAGCAACAGUUUACCAAUACGCCGGAUAAGGAAAAGAGGGCCCUAUGAAGAUAGCGAUGAGGGUGAUUACAGUGACAAUGAUGAUGAUUUUGAAGAGAGAGUAGAAUACUCACCUAGGAGACUAGAAGGUACUUUUGGUGAUGAUGGUGAACUAGAUGGUAUAAGUGAACAUGAUCAUAGCCAUCGCGAUGAUAUGAUCUCCAAUACCGAUACUGCACAUAGUGAUCGAGUAAGCUCACUGGGGAUGUCAUCAAAAGCGGAAUCACCUUCAAAGAAAUGGGAACCUAGGAUAGCCAACUUAUUCAAGUCGGCACUAGGUAAUAAUAAUGCGAAGCAAAAACCACAACUAUCUCUACGGACCACAUCAUUAUCGACAAAUACACAGGAUAAAGCCAGAAAGUAUAGCAGUAGCGAUGAACCUGGAUCACCUAGUGCAAAGUCUGCUGUAUCAUUUCAUUCUUCAGGGGUGCGCUCGAAUGUCUUACACAGAUCUAAUAAGAGUGGUGAGAGUAGUCCCAGAAGGCGAUCGAUAAGCACAGAUGGUCCACCUAGAUCUGCGAAAGUCCUAUCUAUUAUAGAUGCUGAUGAUAUGGAUGAAUUUGAAGAUAUGAAAAGAGGAUUCCAAAGUGCCAUCGAGGACAAAAAAUUUGCAUGGCUUCCUCAACUACAACAAGAGACUGAAUCUGCCGAUGAACUUGAAGCUGGGGAUAAGAGCAAAUUGAAUAUCGACAUAAAAAGUACACUAACUCCAAGAGGACGUUCUGGUAGUCAAUUCCGAAAUGAUAGUACCGAAGAUUUACAUUUUGAACCUGGACUUUUCAGCUCACCUUCAAAACAUUCCUCCAGGAGACCUUCAAUAAUCGCAAGCUCCAUAGCCCAUGGACUGGGAAUCAACUUAGAAAAAGAUAAGAACGUAGACACUGUCUCGAUAGAAGUUGAGCUACCCGAUUUCGAUGAAUAUGAAAACGCCAAGAAACGGCCACCAUUAAUUUUGCAUGGCAAUUCAUUAGGGUAUUUUGGCCCCAAUAAUCCACUGAGAUAUAAAGUUGCCCACAUACUAUUAAACAAAUACUACAAGAUAGCUCACAUUCUUCUAUUAACAUUUCUAACAGCAUUACUAGCGUACAGGAGCUAUGAACCUGAAAAUUUUGAUUUCCUCUACAGGUUUAGAAAUUGGUCAGACUAUAUCAUUUUCAUUCUUUUUAUUUUGUUCACCUCAAAUGACAUUGCUAAAAUAUUUGCAUUUGGGUUUUGGGAUGACUCGCAAAUGUUUGCCUAUCAUCAAUUAGAAUACAUAUCACUAUUGGAACGGUUUGGAAUCACAAAACUCUACCACUUAAUUAAAAAAAAGUAUGGUCCAAAAAUAGUGCAUUUUCUUCUUCCUUUUAAUGUAAUCUCAGAUGAAAGUGAAAAGGAAACAAUCCAGAGGAAUAUGAAGGCUAAUAUAUCUGCAAAGAAUGAUACCAAUAGCAAAUCUUUAAAAUUUAAUUGUCCGAGAGCUUUCUGCAGAUCUUCUUGGAAUAGAAUCGACCUAUUAUCCUCUGUUUGUUUCUGGCUGGGAAUGUUUUUGUCUAUUAACAAUUAUGAUAAAAGAGUAGGUAUUAGAAUUUUCAAACCAUUGGCCGCGAUGAGAAUUUUAAGACUAGUAAAUACUGAUACAGGUAUAACAUCAAUUUUGCGUGGUUUGAAAUAUGGUAUGCCCCAAUUGAUCAAUGUCGGUUCGAUGCUUGUUUAUUUCUGGGUGUUUUUUGGUAUUCUGGGUGUUCAAAUCUUCAAAGGUUCAUUCAGAAGACAAUGUGUAUGGUAUAAUCCUGAAAAUCCAAACGAUAGAUAUCAAUAUCAACUACAGUUUUGUGGUGGAUACUUAGAACCAGUUACAAAGAAGAAAAUGAAUUACAUUUUUGAGGAUGGUAGGGAAGGACCUGUUUCUAAAGGGUUCAUGUGCCCACAAUAUUCGAAAUGUGUUUCAAGCUCCAACCCGUUUAAUGGAAGAGUUAGUUUUGAUAACAUAAUAAACUCAAUGGAACUUGUAUUUAUUGUUAUGAGUGCUAAUACUUUCUCUGAUAUUAUGUACUACACAAUGAAUUCCGACGAGUUCUCUGCGUGCUUGUUUUUUAUUAUUUCAAUUUUUGUAUUGACCAUAUGGAUGAUGAAUUUACUAAUCGCAGCAUUAGUUUCAUCUUUCCAACUAGCUCACGAAGAAUUCAAGAAAAAAAAGCUUGAAGAAAGUAGCAAUGAAAGUUGGCCUAUCAGAUUUGCACUAGGAUAUUGGAGAUAUUUUAAAGUAAAAGCAUCACAAACAGAAUUCCCUAGCUGGGCUGAGAGAGGCCUAAAAUAUUAUGAGAAAAUUGAACCAGUCUUUAUUAUUUUGAUCAUGUUCGAUCUUAUUAUGAGAUGUUUGAUAAAAGAUACUAGCUCACAACAUUUUGUUACAACCCUGUUAAGAAUUGAUCGUGGAGUAACAAUAGUAUUAUUCAUAGAGUCCAUUUUUCGACUUGUGCUGCAUAUUCCGAAUAUGUGGAAAUUCUUAACACGAUUCAAUUAUGUGUACGACCUUUUUGUUGCGAUCUUGACAUUGGUAAUCACAAUUCUAGCUAAUGCCGGUCUUUUAGGCCACGGUUACUAUUGGCUGUCGUUCUUUCAAAUUACUAGGUUCUACCGGCUUGUGAUUUAUAUUGGAUUUACAAGAAAAUUAUGGAAAGAGGUUCUAGGUAAUGGUAUAAUGAUCUGGAAUUUAACUGCCUUCUAUUUUUUCUUUACUUUCUUAGCUUCCAUAAUCUUAUCAUUAUAUUUUGAAGGGGUGAUACCACAAGAUCAAAUAGAAGAUCAACUUUUAGGAAUGUACUCACUGCCCAAUUCGUUCUUAUCUUUGUACAGCAUAGGGUCGACUGAAAACUGGACAUCAAUUUUGUACAUUAUUCAACAGUACUCUCCUAACAUAUCGUCGGCAUUCUUUUCUACUGUCUUUCUCAUUAUAUGGUUUAUUCUUUCAAACUCAGUGAUAUUGAAUAUUUUCAUUGCCUUAAUUUCAGAAAGUUUAGAAGUUAAAGAGGAUGAUAAGAGACCAAUGCAGAUAAAGCAUUAUCUGAAACAUAUUUACCCACAAAAGAUACAACGAUUUCGCCAUGCUAGUUUGUUAGCGAGAAUCAAAAAGAAGAUUUUUAGGACUGACAGUCAAGAAGACUCUAGAGAUUUCAAACAAUUUUUAAUGAGAGGAACAGCAAUUAUGAAUAUUGCACAAAAUCUAGGAGAUUUAAGUAAAGAAUUCAAUACAGAACAAGAUCGUGAUAUUGUUACUUUACUAGUCAGACUAACAGAAUAUAUACCAAUUUUGAGAAAAUUUGGCAUCUACUCUAAUAAUCCGUUCUACAAGCGCAACGAAAUCAUGUUUUCUGAAACAUCUGAUCUUAAUGGAAGGAACUAUAUGCUUCAACUGAACGAGUUUGAAGAUGAAAAGCUGGAUUAUCUACAAAAGCAUUCGAUGUUCAAUUACAGCUACUACUUAUUCUCACCCAGACAUAGAUUCCGUAAAUUUUGCCAAAAGCUUGUUCCUCCUAGUUACGGGAAAAGAACAGAUAAUUACAAAUUCUAUGAAGAUGAUACUGAUACUUAUUCUAGAAAAACAUACUUCAAUCACAUAUGGAGAGAUUUGUUUGUGGUAUUUUAUGCUGCUGCAACAGUUCUACUUAUUGUAUUUUCCUGUUACGUCACACCAAUUUACAGAAUGAAAAGAAACAUGUCCUCAAAGAAUUGGGUCACCUAUGUUGAUGCUGCAUUUUUGGCAAUCUUCUGUGUUGAGUUUAUUAUCAAAACAGUAGCGGACGGUUUCAUCUAUACACCAAAUGCUUAUGCAAGGAAUCCAUGGAACUUAAUUGAUUUCUUCGUUUUAAUUUCAAUGUGGAUUAAUUUAAUCGCAUUUCUAAGGAAUGAUGGGAAUCUAUCUAGAGUUUUUAAAGGUUUAACUGCGCUAAGAGCAUUGAGAUGCUUAACGAUAAGUAACACAGCCAGAGAAACAUUUAAAGUUGUGCUGUUUAAUGGUAUAGGAAAAAUUUUAGAGGCUGGCCUACUUUCCCUGACACUUUUGUUUCCAUUCACGGUUUGGGGACUGAAUCUUUUCAGAGGGCGUUUAGGAGUUUGCAAUGAUGGUGAUUUAGGAAGAGAUGAAUGCUUUAAUGAAUUUUCGAAUGAAGUGUUUCAAUGGAACGUCAUGAUGCCUCGAGUUUAUGACAAUCCAGAGCUUUAUUUAGACAGUUUUACUAGCGCAUUCAAUUCUUUAUUUCAAAUAAUAUCGUUAGAAGGAUGGACCGACUUGCUUGGCAACUUAAUGAAUAGCACAGGAGUUGGUAAACCAGCGUCACUAUUAGCUUCAACAGGUAAUGCCGUAUUUAUUAUAGCGUUCAAUUUUCUGAGCAUUGUUUUUAUUUUGAAUCUGUUUGUUUCUUUUAUUGUGAACAAUCAAGCCAAAUCAACAGGAAGUGCUUAUUUUACUAGUGAAGAAAAGGCGUGGCUGGAGUCUCAAAAGUUAUUAUCUCAAGCCAAACCAAUAGCUAUACCCACAUUCCAUGACAUUUCGAGAGUCCGCAUUUUUCUGUACAAUAUUGCUGUUGAAAAGAAUAAUAUCUACUAUGCCAUAUUCUUACAGACAGUAACUUAUAUUCACAUUAUAAUGCUGCUCAGCUUAACUUAUAAGGACCAUGGAUCUGGGUUACUUUAUUCUCAGGUAUACUUCAUGUUUUCCACUACUGUAUUUCUACUACAAGAACUAUUCCAUGUUUAUGGCGCGGGCUUAAGAAUAUACAAGAUGAACAAAUGGAAUUUAAUUCGAAUACAGAUUCUGAUAGUAUCUUUCCUUCUAACUUUGAUAUCAUUCAAUGUUGAUCGAGCAUAUAUCUGGUAUCAUAAUGUGAAUGGUUUUUUCCACCUUGUCAUAUUUUUGUUUAUUAUUCCACAAAACGAUACUUUAAGUGAACUAAUCGAAACCGCCAUGGCAAGUCUUCCACCAAUUCUAUCGCUGACAUAUACUUGGUUUAUCCUUUUUCUGGUUUAUGCUAUUGCUUUGAAUCAAAUUUUUGGCUUAACUAGGCUAGGCCCAAACACUACAGAUAAUAUUAAUUUCAGAACAGUAUUAAAAGCAUUAAUUGUUUUAUUCAGAUGUAGUUUUGGUGAAGGCUGGAACUAUAUAAUGGAUGAUUUGAAGGUCAAAGAACCUUAUUGUAGCCAAAGGGUGAAGGGUAAUUAUUCAGAUUGUGGAUCUCAAACAUAUGCUUACAUUCUAUUGAUAUCAUGGAAUAUAUUGUCCAUGUACAUCUUCUUGAAUAUGUUUAUCUCACUGAUUAUCGGCAACUUUAGUUAUGUAUACAGAAAAGGUGGUACCAAAUCUGAAGUUAACAGAGGAGAAAUCAGAAAAUAUGUUGAAACUUGGGCAAGGUUUGACCCGGAUGGUACUGGUAAGCUGGACUUCGAGUAUCUACCGAAGAUAAUGCACUCAUUUAAUGGCCCUCUCUCUUUUAAAAUUUGGGAGGGCAAACUCACUGUCAAGAACCUAGUCAAGAACUAUAUGGAAGUGAACCCUAAUGAUCCUUACGAUGUAAAAGUUGAUUUAGAAGGUCUGAACAAGGAGCUUGACAGCAUUAAUAUGGAAUCUAUUAUGAAUAGAAGACUACAGUAUAGGAGGUUUGUUCAAGAAGUAUAUUACACACAAGCUUAUAUGGGCUACAUGAAAUUUUCAACUUUGUUGGAUCUGGUACCACUGUAUACCACUUAUGAUCCAAGAGAGUGUCUUGGAAUUGAUCAAUACGUGCGCCACCUAUACAUCAUGGGCAAAGUAGACAGAUAUUUAGAUAACGAGAGGAAUGUGGACGUUUUAGAUAUGGUUGUUACCAGGUGGAAACAUCACCUCAAGAGAAAAUACGGACCCAAUUACAAAUUAGACCAGGACAGUAUCAAGAAGGAUCUAAACAUAAAAGUUCCUGAAAUAAAAACUUGGAAUGAAUCAGUUGAAUCAGUGACAACCCCAAGAGUCAGCUAUGGUGUGAACGAUUUUAUAUGGUCGCCAAGAAACAACUCCAAUUCGAGUGCAUAUUCGAAACCACUUCCACAGAGCCACGCCAGACCAAUACCACCGCACAUACAAAUAUCAAACUCGCGGGUAAUGGAAUAUACGAAUAGAGAUUCCUUGAGUUCCUUGGAAAAUAUUCACAAUCAGUCUGAUGAAGAAUUGAAGGAUCCAUUCAGAGAUAUUUAA